GACGAACGAAUCCCGAGUCCGUCCUUGGUGAGCCUCACCCUGAACAGCGGAAUCGACAUGACAAGCACGACAUUCGAGUCCGUCCAUGUGACUCAUAGCGCCUUCGGCUGGCCCGGGCGUAUGUAGAUGUCUUCCUUGCUCUUUUUCGGCUUAAUCGAAAGUCCUCACCCCCGUUCCUGAGCCAGGAACAGGAGACACGAGUCUCAGUCUCGUGUGCCAAAGGUCUAGAAUGGUCAAUAGAUGAAAGCAGUCGGUUUCUGAUAAUGGAACAAUCAGUAAAUCACGAAAUACACAAUGUCUGCUGUCAGGGUUCCUCGAAGACCAUGGAGACAGACUUUGACUAGGUACCUAGAAGAUAUCCAGUAUCAAUACCAGCGCCACACCCACAAGAUGUCCGAGUCACGAUGGCUUCACAUAUCAGUUCGGCUCGACUCGCGGUUAGAAAGGCAACUUCUUUUUCAGACUUUUCAUCCUCCCUCAUCUCUCCCAUGCCCGUAAUUUGAGCCUCUUCUUGCCCCCCGUUGGAAUGGGCUCGGGUACCAGAUUCGAGACAGCCGGGGUGAAAGCGGAGUCCGUGGAAGUGCAAAGCCUCAGCAACAGGACAGUGAAAGAAACCUGAGUCAGGGUUGAGUUAGGUACCUUAUUAGGGGGUGGUUUUUGGAGGGCCCAGCGGAACGGUCCAACCUAGACAGCCGACCAUGUCCUCCGGGGGGCCACGGAUAGUUUCCCCGAGCAAGACGAGAGCCUUGUAUUGGACAGACAACUUAAACUUUUGGGCCCUAACAAGGGGACAGCCACGGCCUAAUGCUAGCAAGGGUUUAUCAGCCAGUCCAGGCCAGGAGAAACGACGGGAGGGGGCAGGCAGGCAGGCAGGGGAACAUCGUCGGUUUGGUUUUUCUCCUACAAGUAAAUUUUCAUCUUCCUUUGUCCAAUUUUGCCCUUCGCUUGGGCUUUUCGCAACUACCCGAGGACAGAGCGGGGAUUAUCGAGGGCCGGAUAAGUUCCAGAAGCCGCUCACGCCCCUGAUCAUCCAGAGGAAGAACCAGUUUUAUAUCAUCUUAGGGUCAUCGGUGGAGUUGAUUGGAUCGGAUUUCAUCGUCAAUUCCCUAGAGAAACCCCGAAUGCAUACCAGGCCCAGGCGUGAUAAUCAAUUAGGUACUGGUAUAACUACCUAAUCUAAGGUGCUGAGAAAAAAAUGUCGAAAAUUUUGAGCCUUCUCCUGAUGAGAUCCACUCCACUUACAACAGUGACCAUGCGUUGCUUUGCCAAACGGUCUUUUUUUUUUUUUAAUGCCCUCACGCUAUGAUAACGUCAUUAUCAUUUGGUUUGUGCUCAAAAAUAUUCUUUUGGCGUUGUGCCCUACCCUCGAUCACGAACUUCAUAUAGGCAAAUUCCAGGGUCCCUUUAAAAAAAAUAAACGUCUCUGGACAUGGAGGAUUAUUACGUUGCCCAGUGCCCUUCAUCAUAUCCUAAUUUUAGAUAGGGUGAAUGAGGGAAUUCUCCAAGUCUAGGAGGUUCAAAACCCACGCUUGGUUCGUCAGAGUGGGUGGUUUACGUUGGCUCCCUAUCAUCCUCGCGGCUGAAUACGACACAAACCCUAACUUCUGGAGAGAAACAAGUCGAGGAGUCGUCAACUACUAAGCGCUACUAUCGGCGAUGAAGUAAUUCCCCUCGCAUCAAUUCAUGCAAAUACCCCGUAAUUCAAGGUCUCGAUCGCACCCCGUCUUGGCCAUGCCCCAUCAAAACUGAAGCUGCAGAUGCUGGCUGCGUCCUCCACUGGGUGGGUGUCAAUUAUAUCGUUGGCGGGAUUUAUUAGAGAAUCAGCCCGGAACUCUGCUAACGCCAGAGAACUCAAUUCUUUGGGGGUCAAGACGCCAUUAUUUCUGGCGUUGGACGUGCAAGAGAUUAUGUGUGCUAAUGGACAUGUCGGUUGGAUGCAGCAUAAUAUUUCUGGGAUGCAAAGGGUUCACUUCAUCCCGUGCCUGGUCGGAGGCCAAUUGAAAGCUCGUGUCGUGAUCCGUGCUCUUUUUGCUGUCAUCCGGGCGCAGAUCGCCCAAGCCUGGCUAUGAUUCAUCUCCAUGCCGGCUUUCAGCCAACGUGUCCAACGCUCUGUCUCAGAGUCCAGGGGAUCUCGUACCGACAACAGAGCGUAUGUAUGUACCUACUCCGUACGUCUCAACCAUAUCAGUCGAGAUGCAUCUACAAUGCCGUCUGUGGCUUCGUUGAUUCCUCGGCGGCUCAGAACAGCACAGUCCCUCGCUGCAGCACAGGAAUGCACCCCCAACCUAAACUGUGGUGUUGUUGGCCAUCGUAGCAAGCUUGUCGGCAUUCCAGGACGUCAGCCUGCUUGUUGAUGAGAUGUGAUAAACGGUACGGUCCGUGCGGUCUUUGAUCGACGUUUAGCUGCCUCUAGGAUCGACAAAACCUCCGCAUCAAAAAAAACCUGGAGGAAUACUCUACUGUACUGGAGCUCCCUGUGAAUGCAUGGUGGAAAUUACUGCAUCUCCGUUCGUCCCUUUCUUGGCCGAACUGUGUAACAGCUCAUAUUCAGGGUUGUUACUCCCUGGGAAGCACCAGUUUGGUCUCGUUUUCACUCGUCCAGCGUCAUCAUGACAUUCCGAUUGCCUUGGGUUACAUCUCACACCAGAAACCCGGCCACCACCAACACAACCCACGAGUGCGGACAAUUGGCACAGAGAUUCCAAUUUACAAUAUUUCAAACGGCAUAUUAUUUCCAGGGCUUGGAUCUGUAGUGGCUGCCGCAGUUGGGAGUUGAAUGUGACGCUCUAGUUUAGCCAAAGGGUACAUCGUAGCCAUAGGGUAACUUGAUUUAGUAUAUGUAACGUACCUCAGGUGGUGCGUGUAAGCAGGCACAGAAUAAUUACUUACCUAUUAUCGGGUCUGUCAUACUGGAGAUAAAAAGUCCCGUGAUCUAUGGCGGAAGCACUUUGCCGGUCUACUGGUAAUACAGGACGGAUAUGAGCAAUCUAAUAGGUGCGAGUUCUUCCCG